AGCAAUCAAACCGGCCGCCACUGUCGUCACGAGUCGCGAUUGUUGUAUCCACCAACUGGAUUCCGUAUCUGUCAUCUCGUCCCUCGGUAGCGUUGGUUUUCUCGUCGCGCCCAUCUCGUCUUCACUCCAAUAGUUUAGCUACUAAGCUGAAUCUACCAGACUAUUCUCACUAGCAAUUAUAUACUGAGUCCAUUAGAUCGUUGCAGAUUUCUAAUUUAUAUAUUGCCAAUUUAUCCUAAUCUCCCCCCUUACGUCGAAUACUCUCAGUCAAUCACAGUGCGAUGUCAGACGACACUCCUGCUGCCACCGCACUUUCGUCGUCGUCGUCGUCGGACUCAGUGAACCUCUCCACCAACUCUCCCUACAAGAUCCCCAACUCCACUGAUAACUUGAAGCUGGACUCCGAGUCGCUCUUGGAAACUGAAUUGAUGGAGAAGCGCCACUUGAUAGAGGAAUUGAUCCACAACAGCAAUACAGGCAAAGAGGGCGACCCCUGGUACCUAAUCUCGACAGAGUACCUCAACAACUUCCUCCACCUCCCGGCAACAUCUUUUGAAGACCUCCAAUCCAAACUUGGUCCCGUAGACAACACCUCCAUUGUAGACCAGAAUGGCAUCUUGUACCCGGAAAACAACGAACCAGUCGAAACAUACAACGUCUCACCAGAAAUCUUCAACUAUCUUGCCGACUGGUUUGGCACCAAAGGGCAGCCUGUGUGUAGAUGUCUUAUAAUCAACCCCGAAACUGGUGCCAAAGAAGUCGAAAGAUUUCCUCCUGUCUUCCAUAUCCACCAAUUGGGCAAAAGACCCGUGCAGAACUCGUACUAUACUCGCCACCAUAACCAUCCUACUCAUGCUACCAGCCAUCCCACAGCUGUAUCUUUGUCUCGGACUAAGACAUUCACCGAUUUGCUCGACUUGAUCCGGGUAUCGGUGUUGAAGUUGCCCAAAAGACCCAUCGAUAACUUCCGUAUCUGGUUCAUCGAAUCAAAAAACAUAGCCGAAUACACUUCUACUCUUACUAUCAGUAAUCUCAUCUUUGACAUCGACAACAAAAGUUUGGUCCAUCUGGGCAUCUUGAAAGAUACUCUCAAGAGCCAGGGCAUUAAAUCCGACGCUUUCCAUAUCCUCGUAGAGGUGAAGGAUGCAAAGGCCAGCCAUGACCGCUUCCCAGUGAACACAUACUUAAACCAAAUAGAUGUGGAACAGUACGACUUCGACAAGCUUAGUAGUAAGAGCAGCGGGCAUUUGGGCUUAAGCAACUUAGGAAAUACAUGUUACAUGAAUUCAGCUUUGCAAUGCUUGUUACAUGUGGCAGAAGUAAACUACUAUUUCUUGUACAAUCUAUACAAACGAGAAUUGAACUUUGACAAUCCUUUGGGUAACCACGGAGAUAUAGCCAAUGCUUUUGGAAACUUGCUUAAACAGGCUUUUGACCCUUCCUCGUCAAAGGACUCUAGCAUCACACCCAGAGAAUUCAAAUCCACCAUAGGAAGGUACUCGUCCAUGUUUUCCGGCUACAUGCAACAAGAUUCUCAAGAAUUUCUAAGCUGGCUCUUGGAUGCUCUUCAUGAGGAUCUCAACAGAAUUCAUAAAAAGCCCUACUGCGAAAAGCCGGAGUUGAAAGACGAAGAAAUCAACGAUCCCAAAGCCAUUAUUAAAUUGUCUGAAACUUGCUGGAACCAGCACAAGAUGAGAAAUGAUUCGGUGAUUACAGAUUUGUUUACCGGCUUAUAUCAGUCGACUUUGCUUUGUCCAGAUUGUUCAAAGACCUCUAUAACAUUCGAUCCGUUCAACGAUUUGACGUUACCAUUGCCAAUAAGCAAGAAGUGGUAUCACACAUUCACUAUUGUUGAUUUGUCGGAUGGCGGCAUCUUAAGAGGAACGAGAAUAAUGAAGUUGGAAGUUGAGCUUAACAAGACGUCCAAUUUCGACGAUUUAUUGACUUAUUUGAGUGAUUUCUUAAAAGUCGAGACUACCCACUUGUUCCUCUACGAGAUAUUUAGAAAUUCAUUCUACAGCGACUUUCAAUUGGAUUACAACCGAAACAAGUUUAUGCCCAUUAGUGACAUCGUGAGAGAUUCAGAUGAAGUACAUGUCUAUUACGUCCCUUACAACCCAGAAACGGACAUUAUAAUUCCAGUUUACAAUACAGUUGAGGAUCCAGACAAGUCCUACAAAGUUACAGAAACUUUUGGAAUCCCGUUGUUUGUGACAUUGAACAAAGAAAGUGAUGUAUACAGUUUUGGAACAAUCCGUCAAAAGCUUUUGGAUAAGGUUUCUAUUCUUUCUAAACUUGACUUGAACGAAGAAUAUAACAAAAUCAAGAAUGACACAGAGAGCUACGUCGAAAAGAAACAUUAUGGACCUAAAGAUUUUCCUUUACUUUGCAAGCAGGAUGACAAUGCAGUAUUGGUAGAAAAGCCUCCAAGUGAUCAUACAAUUGAAGGUGAUGGACAACUUGACGAAGAAGACGAAGAUGGAUACAUAUCUGAUAUUUCUUUGGCCAAUCCUUUUAUCAGCGCAGAUUUUGGUUUCACAAUUAAGUCUUUAAACGGAUAUAGCCACAAACCGCAUGCAAACUUUCGUAAUAGAUACAACUUUGCUAGAAAUGCGCCCAAGACAGUCACGCCACCUCGUGUGAUAAAUGUUCCACUUCACAAGCCUACUUUCAAUGAAUUCAAGCCUUUGUCAGACCAAUUGCCAGAACUUAAGAAAGAUUUCUAUCAUUAUCCAACGUACGACAAGAAGUUCAACAAAGAAAUGGAGGACUUGGCAGAAGAAGUGCAGAAUGAUUUGAUAGCUAGUGCUAGUGAUGAUACAUCCAAGUCCAACGAUGACUAUGAAUUUGUAAUGCUUGAUGCUGAAGGAGGAGAAGAAGCUACGAAGAAUGGCAGUGUCCAGCCACCAGCGCUACCUCCCAGAAAUUUAAUUCCACAGAUGAAUCUGUCGGAUGAAGACACAGAAGGGGAGCAGAAUUUAGGAAGCUUAUUCGAUUCCACAUCUACUUUGCCAAUUCCACCUCCUUCUUCGGGUUAUGCUGAAUCGUUGAAACCAUCCAAUGAAAAUUCUCCUACAAAUACUCCAUCAGAGGUUGAGCUUGGUAAUCAUCCGGAGUUGAUAACCAAGGAUACAAUCUUACUCUGUGAUUGGGAUUACCCGAUUUUUGAACAAUGUUUUGUCGAGAAUCAAACUUGGGAGAAUAUUCCAGUACUUCCCAACCCAGAAUUGGAGAAGAAUAGAGCCAAAAUUGAAAGACAGAGAAAGUCUAAGAUUUCACUAUAUGACUGCUUGAAGAGUUUCAGUACUCCAGAGAUUCUCGGUGAACACGAUUUAUGGUAUUGUCCUAGAUGUAAAGAUCAUAAACGCGCUACUAAAACCAUUCAAGUUUGGUCAACUGGUGAUAUAUUAACUAUCCACUUGAAGAGGUUCCAUAGUGCCAGAGCUUUUAGUGACAAGAUUGAAAUGGUUGUUGACUUCCCUAUAGAGGGACUUGAUAUGAGUUCAUACAUUGCUAAUCCAGAAGCUGAGAAUAGUCUUUAUGACUUGAUUGCAGUGGAUAACCACUAUGGUGGCUUAGGUGGUGGUCACUAUACUGCUUCAGUUAAAAACUUCCGUGAUGGAAAUUGGUACUAUUUCAACGAUAGUCGCGUUACCAGUAUCAACAAUCCAGAAGAAGUUAUUACUAGUGCAGCCUACUUAUUAUUCUACCGCAAGAGGACUACAGAUCCAGACGACUACCUUGGCGGCGGAGACUUGAAUAAUAUGAUACGGAGCGGGCAUGAGUUGUACAAGAAGUCGUUAAUCACCAAGAAAGCCAGCUAUGAUUUAGUACAACAGCAGGUCGAAAAAUACACUAAACACGAGGAACAGAUCAAGCGAGAAAUGGAAUUAGAUCGUGAAUUAGAAAAAAGGAAAUUACAGGAACUGGGGCUGAUAGAAGCCCCAGAAAAUGGAGAGGAAACUGUCUAUGAGGAUGGUGAAGCUGCUUCCCCCAACAAUUCCAAAAGUGCAGAUAAUGAACCUGUAAGUGCAAGAAAGACUAGAUCAUUUACCAAUACCAAAGAUUCGCCUAAUGAUUCUGUCACAACUUCUGCCAAGGCUAAGUUCAAGUUUGACAACGACGAAGACGACUACGACUACGAAGACGACCUGGAUAACAUAAGAAAACAGCGACUUCUUUCUAAGGAGAACAAUAACAACAAGUUGGUGCAAAUUAAAAGCAACGGCAAGCAAGAAGUGGCAUCGUCGCCUAUUGCCAUGGAAGCAGAGUACGAUAGUAUGGGCGAAGACUGCUCAGUCUAACUGGUACCAUAAUAAUCCAUACAUUAUAAACUAUACGCAUCAUUCAUUACUAUAGAUUGAAUAGCAAUACAUACACAAUGACAGCUAUUUAGGUAGUUGCAUUGACACAGACCAG